GCCGGGCCAGAGCGGUUCGUAGACUUCCGGUUGCCUAGCCCUAGAAUUUUGAGGCUCCCUCCGGAUGAGAACUGAGCUGUCCGUACAGCCAGGACACUCGGGGUUACAGCACCGAGGGGGUCCAUGGCUCGAGAUAUAAGUCCUGAUCUUUGAACUAAAUAGAAAGUUCCAAGAAGGAGUGAAGGAUUAAGCUCUACAUAUAGUAGCUGCUUGAUAAACCUUUACCAAAGAUUAAAAGGAAUUCCAUGAAGACACCAGUAGCUGAAAUAAUGGUGUUUGAUUUCACGGAGUAAAUUCUCAUUGAGAAGGAGAGGAGAAAGAGGACAGAACUGAAAAUGUACUUGAAGAAAUAAUGGCUGAAAAUUCCCCAAAUUUGUCAAAAGGUAUAAACAGAUUCAAGAGACCAGAUUAAUGUCAAGCAAGAUGAACCCAAAGAAAUCCACAUCAAGACACAUCAUAGUCAAAGUUCCAAAAACUAAAAGAAAGAUAUCUUGAAAGCAGCAAGAGCAAAAUGAACCUUAGCUAUAAGGGUAAACAAUUCAAAUAACAGAGCAUUUUUCAUCAGAAACUAUGGAGACCAGAAGGAAGAGGCAUAAUACUGUUCAAAUACUGAAAGUAAAGAACUAUCAUCCCAGAAUACUUAUAUCCAGUGAAAAUAUGCUUCAGGAAUGAAGGAGAAAUCAAGACAUUCUAUGAUAAAGGAAAACUAAGAGAAUUUGUAAGACUUACCCUAAAAGAAUGGCUAAAAACCCUACAGAUAUCCAAAAAUGAUUGAGAUCGAACAGGCAGAGGCCCAGCUCUCUGAGUUAGACCUGCUAGCCAGUAUGUUCCCAGGUGUGAAUGAGCUCAUAGUGAAUGACCAGCUGGCUUUAGCAGAACUAAAAGAUUGCAUUGAAAAGAGGACAAUGGAAGGACGAUCUUCAAAAGUUUACUUUACUAUCACUAUGAACCUGGACAUAUCUGAGGAAGCAGUGGUGAUGUUUUCUCUGGCCUGUGUUCUUCCCUUUAAAUACCCUGCAGUUCUGCCUGAAAUUACUGUCAGAUCAGUAUUAUUAAGUAGAUCCCAGCAGGCUCAGCUGAAUACAGAUCUGACCACAUACCUACAAAAGAAUUGUCUUGGAGAUGUCUGUAUAUUGAAUGCCACAGAGUGGGUUAGAGAACACGCUUCUGACUAUGUCAGCAAAGACAACACACCUUCCCCUGUUCCAGGAAGUACAGUCCAGCCAGUUGACCUCAUUCUCACAAGACUCUGGAUCUACAGCCAUCACAUCUACAACAAAUGCAAAAGAAAGAACAUUCUAGAGUGGGCAAAGGAGCUUUCCCUAUCUGGGUUUAGCAUGCCUGGGAAACCUGGUGUUGUUUGUGUGGAAGGCCCACAAAGUGCCUGUGAAGAAUUCUGGUCAAGACUCAGAAAAUUAAACUGGAAGAGAAUUUUAAUUCGCCAUCGAGAAGACAUUGCUUUUGAUGGUACAAAUGAGGAAAUGGAAAGACAAAGAAAAUUUUCAGUUUUUGAAGAAAAAGUAUUCAGUGUUAAUGGAGCCAGAGGAAACCACAUGGACUUUGGUCAACUGUAUCAGUUUUUAAAUGCCAAAGGAUGUGGGGAUGUUUUCCAGAUGCUCUUUGGUGUGGAAGGACAAGGAGCAGAAGAGUAGUUGAAAGUGUUUUGCUACUGUUGGUCUUUUGACUUUCUCCCCGACUCUUUCUUGAAAGAUUAAGUAAUUUCCCUUUAGUCCCAUUCUAAAAUGUUAAGGGGGAGAAAAAGAGGAAAAGUAGUAUAGCUGAAAUGCAUCUGUUAAAAAUAUUCAUGAUUGAAUGCAGAA